AUGCAAUCAGAAUCAAGCAAUCCCUACGAGGGGAGGAUUCUUGACAAAGACGACUCCUUUCGCCUGGUCUCUUUAGAGCAGGGUCGUGAUGAUGUACCACUUAUUAUACAACUUAUGAGCACUACCCUGGGGGAUGCUCCACCUUAUGAAGCCGUGUCGUAUGUCUGGGGUGAUGCCAAGGCAGUGGUACCGGUACAGAUCCUGGAUGACACGGGCCAAGUCACUCGUGUUGCUAUCCCAGUCAACUGUCACGCUGCGCUGAAACGAUUACGAAGAUUUGACUCUUCCCGGACACUGUGGAUUGACUCCAUCUGUAUCAACCAAGCCUUAUCGGCAGAAAAGGCCCAUCAGUUGACCCUCAUGUCCCUCAUAUACCAGAAAGCCCUCCAGGUCGUUGUGUAUCUUGGAGAGGGCACGCCUGAGACCGACGUCGCCAUGAGAUGCAUUCUCGAGCUUGAUCAGCCUUCCGACUAUGGCACCCGAGACGCAAUGCUUGAAGAGCCAGGUCCCGCACAAGAUGUUCGGGCAGCUAUAAAGGUUCUUUUUGACCUACCAUGGUUUUAUCGUGUCUGGAUCUUGCAAGAAAUCACUUUUGCGCGUAGUGCUAUCGUGGUGUGCGGCACCCAUGAAGUAGAAUGGGAAAGCUUCCUGAAAUUCUAUCACUGGAAUGUCAGCACCCGAUGGAUGGAUCAUCUCCCAUACUCGAUCAACUACUCUGUAUCUCCGACACUACGCGGUGGUCAUUUCUUACCUUAUGGGGAAAGGCUCAUCAAGACGCUCAUAGACACGCGGCUCUGCGGUGCUACUGAUCCAAGGGACAAACUAUAUGCGAUACUUCCACUACUAGAUCGUGAUCAAGAGGAAAUGGAGACCAAAAUCGAACGCCAUAAGGAAAUGUGGAAGGACGAAGACGACGAUCCGGACUUUUGGAACGUACUAGAGCACGCCACAAAGAUUCGAGUCAACUACGACCACACAGUAAAACAGGUAUACACAGAUCUUGCAAUGGUAUUACUGAAAAGUAAUGGCCUUGACGUUCUUCGGCAGGUUAUCAAAGAUCCGGCGGUGCCCCGUCUGCCAUCUUGGGUUCCGGAUUGGAGCACUUCCUCUUCCUACUGGACUGCGGUUAAUAAGCCAAGGGAGAGAAAGGACAGGUUGUUUGCAGGAUUCCCGGAAAGACCUACUCAGUAUAUCUGGGGCUGGAAAUCCCGAUAUCCACACCUGAUCGACACAUGGACAUCAUCAGCUUACACCUCCAAAGAUGGUGAGACUUCGACACAGCUUCAUCUCCGAGUUGUGAAGGUUGGCGCAAUUACGGCGCUGGGUGACGUAUGCGAUGUAACAAAGAAUCACUUCCCUAUCGGUCAGUGGGCGAGCCUCGUGCCAAACGAGUCUUACCACGAGAAGGGAAAAAUUCCGGAGAAUAUGCCUUUCGAAGAAGCUGGCAUGUAUAACAAUGGACCCAUGGGACUUUCUCCCUUCAAUCGAACUCUGGUUAUGGAUGAUGUCGUUUAUCCUAAAGCGGCCGAAGAUGCUAUAGCUUACAUUCGUCAAUAUAACGGAGAGGUUCUUCAUAAUGAAGAAUCAAGAAAUUAUUUCGGGACCACAAGCGAAGACACAAAGCAGAAGGUACCCCUAGCCGAGAUUUUCAUGGGUGCAGGGAGCUUUGAGAGGCAGGCCCAGCGAAUCUUGAAGGGUUGUGAUGGCAAGAGAUUCUUCGUGGCAGAUAAUGGCGACAUAGGCCUUGCACCCGAUCGAGCUCGAAUUGGGGAUGUUGUGUUUUGUGUUCAAGGCGCUUCUGUACCCUUCAUCUUGCGAUCACUACCUACUACGGAAAUCUACAAUAACGAGAAGGGGGAGGUUUCAAGUAGCAGCCCACUUCAGGUCUCAUUGGACAAAGUAUUUUCUUUGAUUGGUGAGGCCUACUCACUUGGGAUAAUGGACGACGAGAUGUGGGAUGAUGUAGAUAAUGGCAAAGCGCAAGUUGAAAAGGUUGUCUUGAGGUAA